AUGCCCGGCAUCAUAGAAAGCCAAUCUAUCACACUUGAAUUUAUCGAUGGACAUAAUCUUCAAGUCCCUUCCAAACGCAUGCCCGCUGGUAUUUACAUAUCCAUCAAUGUCGAUUCGAGGAGACGCUGGAACUCAGCCAUUAGAGUCUUGUCAUCCGACAAAUCCGUAGCGUGGGGAGAUAGCGUGACCCCAUCAUCACACGAGUCACCUGCAUUAUUAAUGGAGAUUAGAGCGUCCUUUGAGCAAGAUCGAACGCUAGGCAAUGAUGAAUCAUUCGAACUAUCCUUCCCACCCGUUCAUGGUGUCAAUCCUUCGUUCAUGCUGAAGGCCACUGUUGUACACGCUUGCGAUAAUCAGGACGGUGCACUAUUUGACUCCCCUGUAGACUGCGAGAUUGCUCAAGACACAGAUGCGGGCCACGCACGAUAUGCCGAAUACAGGACCAGACAGACGGUCUCUCACCUGAACGAUGCUUUAGAGCAUUUUCAGUUGGUUCUGGACGGCUGUCCGGUCGACCAUCCUGACCACGCAGCGGCACUCACCAACCUCACCCGGGCCCGCCUUCAAGGCUACGUUCAAAACGAUCUCCAAGACAUUGAUACCACCACUUCCCUCCUCCACGAAGCCCUUGCAUUGCGUCCGCAGGGCCAUCCGGACCACAUAUUAUCUCUCUAUAAUAUCAUUACAUCAUUGAACUGGCGCUACAGCAAGGAGCCCGCUGCCGCCUAUCUUCACGAAUCCCUGCAGCUCAUCGGCGUAGACGUGAUCAGCGGACGCAACAACCCGACCAACGAUGCAUCUGACGAAGGCAUCCACCUUCAACGAGUCGUGCUCAAGCUCUGUCCUCCGGGCCAUCAACGCCGUCCCAUUGCCCUCACCACUCUUGUACUCGCACUCAAUGCACGCUUUAGAGAACGCGGGAGCAUUGCUGAUCUAGAAGAGAGCAUAGAGAUACUUUGGCGCUCGGAUUCUUUGUCAGGCUACAUGAACUGUCUCGUGUCAUGA